GAUACAAAGCUGUAAUUAUCCCUUUUGUAUGAAGUUUUACAGUUGAAAGACAAAGCAGUGAUAAUAAAAAUCCAGACCAGUUCAUAACAACUGGGUGCUCUGUUGGUUUGUAGGAAGAUUGAGAUGGAGUGGAUCCACAAAUCUGUGUGUGUAUGUGUGUGCAACAAGUAAAAACGCAUAAAAAAAUGCAGAGGUGUCUCAUAAAAACACAGUCUAGUCAAAUGAGAAUCAGCUGGUCACAAUCUGACGCCCUCCGCCUCUCUGCUGGUCGGCGUGUUUGCAGGCAGAGAGAGAGAGAGAGAGAGAGAGAGAGAGAGACUCCCAUAAAAUGCUCAACAUGCCUGAGACUGCCCUCUGAUGUCACAGAGAGAGAGAGGGAGAGAGUGGGAGGGGACCAGAAGAACAGAGGGAGGGAGAGAGAGUGGCAGCCGGAGGGCAGAGCGAAGCACGUCAGUGAGAGAAACAGAGAGAAGCCGUACGUAGAGUGAGAGACGGAGAGUGUGAAAGGCAGGGAGGGACACAGAUCGUUGCUCAGCACGGAACAACCAGGUUGGUCUGCUGUGUUUUUCGCACCGCAGUGGACUUUACAGCUCAGUUCCACUUGAGCAGCACUUUUGGCUACAGACACACACACUUUCUCUCAGAUACUGUACAUUACACAGAGACGUGGACACACACACACAUAAACAAACGCACUGCGAGCGGUCAACUCGGCACAACUGAUGGUGGACGUGAGCUCGGCAGCACUGCCCAUGCAGGUGCCCCCGACAACCACAGCCAUCCUUCCCAUGGACCUGCGCGUAGUGGACCACCAUCACCACCACCAGCAGCCCCCCUUCGGCCUGGUUCCCCAACCCCAUCCUACACCGCCCACCUCCACACCUUGUAAUGCGGAGCCAGGCCGCGGGCCAGUCAUAAACCACCAGCAACAGAAGCUGCAGCAGGAGCUGGUGGUUCUCAAACACAAGCAGCAACUCCAGAGGCAGAUACUGAUCGCUGAGUUUCAGAGGCAGCAUGAACAGCUGUCCAGACAACAUGAAGUCCAGCUGAAGGAACAUAUCCAGCACCAACAGGAUUUACUGGCACUCAAGCACCAACAGGAGCUGUUGGAGCACCAGAGGAAGAUGGAGCAGCAGCAUCAUGAGCAGGAGCUGGAGAAGCAGCAGCGGGAAUUCAAACUGCAACAGCUGAAAAACAAGGACAGGGGACAGGAAAGUGCAGUCGCCAGCACAGAGGUUAAGAUGCGACUGCAGGAGUUUGUCCUGAACAAGAAGAAAGCGCUGGCUCAUCGAAAUCUAAACCACUGUCUGCCCAGCGACCCACGCUACUGGUAUGGAAAAACCCAGCACAGUUCAUUGGACCAGAGCUCUCCUCCUCAAACAGCUUUGUCAGCGUACAACCAUCCGAUGCUGGGCACAUACGACUCAAAAGACGACUUUCCUCUUCGGAAAACAGCCUCUGAGCCCAACUUGAAGCUUCGUUCCCGCCUAAAGCAAAAGGUGACAGAGCGCCGCAGCAGCCCUCUGCUCCGAAGAAAAGACAGUCCCAUCACUACUGCCAAGAAGCGUUCCUUAGACGUGGCUGAGUCAGCAUGCAACAGUGCUCCGGGCUCAGGUCCCAGCUCCCCAAACAACAGCUCCACUAACAUCCCCAGUGAGAAUGGAAUCACCAUCUCCAGCAGCCCAGGAGAGGCGUCACUGCUUCACAGGUUGGCUGCAAGGGAAGGCUCCCUCAGCCAUCUCUCGCUCUACACCUCCCCUUCUCUGCCCAACAUCACCCUGGGACUGCCAGCCACAGGCCCUGCUAGCACUUUGGUCUCAGGGCACCAAGAUGGCGAGGGUCGCCUGCCGUUGCCUGCAUUACAGCAGGGCAUUCCUCUGACUGCUCCGUUCCUGCCCACUGCCCACCUGCCACCUUACUUGACAUCGACAGCUCUGGAUAGGGAGGGGGCAGGAGGGGGCACGGCUGGCCACAACCCACUUCUCCAACACAUGGUGCUGCUGGAGCAGGGCCACAAUGCAAUGGUUGGCCUGGGUGGCCUUCCGAUACCGUCACCUGCUGUCUCCAAACUUGUGCGGGGCCACCGUCCCCUGGGAAGAACCCAGUCGGCCCCCCUGCCCCAGCAGCAGUGUGGGCAAGCCCAGGCCCUGCAGCAGCUGGUGGUUCAGCAGCAGCACCAGCAGUUCCUGGAGAAACACAAACAACAGUUCCAACAACAGCAACACAUCAUCAACAAGAUUAUGUCCAAGCCUGGUGAUCAGGUCUCAGUCGCAUCCUCCGGCCCCUCAGGACCCGCCCGGCAGCACCAGAGUCACCCUGAGGAGACAGAAGAGGAACUCAGGGAGCACCAGGGGCUCUCCACCUCGUCUUCGUCGUCGUCCUCUACGUCCGUGCCUGAGACUGGUCCUCUGCGGGGGCUGGUCAUCAAGCAGGAGCCCCCAGACCCCCAAGAGCAUGAAGACAGGGAGCAGAGGGAGAGACAGGCUGAGCAGGACUUCCUGUUCAGACAGCAGGCCCUGCUGUUAGAGCAGCAGCGGAUCCACCAGUUGAGGAACUACCAAGCGUCUAUGGAAGCAGCCGGGUUGUCAGUGAGCUUUGCAGGACACCGCCCCCUCUCCCGGGCUCAGUCGUCUCCAGCCUCCGCCUCCUUCCCUCUGGUAGUUCAGGAUCCGCCUGCCAAGCCUCGCUUCACCACAGGUCUGGUGUAUGACUCAUUGAUGCAGAAGCACCAGUGUAUGUGCGGUAACACCACCAGCCACCCAGAACAUGCUGGACGUAUCCAGAGUAUCUGGUCCAGACUGCAGGAAACAGGCCUCAGGGCUCACUGUGAGUGUAUCCGAGGGAGGAAGGCCUCACUGGAAGAACUGCAGAUGGUCCACUCCGAAGCCCAUGUCCUGCUGUAUGGAACCAACCCUCUGAGGCAAAAACUAGAUUGUUCAGUGAAUCCCAUGUUUGUGAGGUUACCAUGCGGAGGAAUUGGGGUGGACAGUGACACUAUUUGGAAUGAGGUCCAUUCAUCCAGUGCAGCUCGACUGGCCGUCGGCUCCGUGGUGGAGCUGGUCUUCAAAGUAGCAUCUGGAGAACUGAAGAAUGGUUUUGCUGUAGUUCGACCACCAGGACACCAUGCAGAGGAGAGCACGCCCAUGGGGUUCUGCUACUUCAACUCCGUCGCCAUAGCUGUCAAGCUGCUGCAGCAGAGGCUCAAUGUCAGCAAAAUCCUCAUCGUGGACUGGGACGUUCACCACGGAAAUGGCACCCAGCAGGCCUUCUACAGCGACCCCAGUGUCCUCUACCUGUCACUGCAUCGCUAUGACGAUGGGAACUUCUUUCCUGGCAGUGGAGCUCCUGAUGAGGUGGGCACUGGAGCAGGUGUAGGAUUCAAUGUGAACAUGGCCUUUACUGGAGGACUGGAGCCACCCAUGGGUGAUGCAGAGUACCUGGCUGCAUUCAGGACGGUGGUCAUGCCUAUCGCCAAUGAGUUUGCCCCAGACGUUGUUCUGGUAUCUUCAGGCUUUGAUGCAGUUGACGGACAUGCUUCACCUCUGGGAGGAUACAAACUGAAAGCUAAAUGCUUUGGCUACCUGACUCGGCAGCUGAUGGCUCUGGCAGGCGGUCGGUUGGUGCUUGCCCUGGAGGGGGGUCACGACCUCACUGCCAUAUGCGAUGCCUCUGAAGCCUGCGUCUCCGCUCUGCUCGGCAAUGAGUUGGACCCCAUACCUGAUGAGGUGCUGCAGCAGAGACCCAAUGCCAACGCUGUCCACUCGAUGGAGAAAGUAAUUGAAGUCCAAGGUAAAUAUUGGCGCUCACUGCAACGCUCCGCCUCCACACUUGGUUGCUCGUUGAGUGAAGCCCUCCAGCGUGACGUAGAGGAAGCUGAGACCGUCUCCGCUAUGGCCUCACUGUCUGUUGCCAACAAGCACAUUGGAAAGAGGGCUGAAGAGGAGCCAAUGGAAGAGGAUGCUACCAUGUAAAAGAAACAUCCCCGAGCCUCUGACCUCUCAGACGCGUCUUCAUUCUGACAGUGUCCUCAUCCACUUAGUGUCAAUUUCAAUGACACCCCUGCAGAAAGUCUCACCCUGCCAAACCAAGCUGGCAUCUUGCUGUGGGGUGAGAUCAGGCAGCUCAAGCUGACUAAAGUGACGCACAAUGGAAAUGGAACACUGAAGAUACACUCACUGAUCAGCGGUGCACAGACUGAUCAAGUUCAAUGUGUUUCUUUGACAACUCCCGUAGAAGAGGACUGACUCGACCAUUCAUCAGUGACAGCCUUGAGUGCCAGUGCUUUUCAAACAAUAGACGAUAUGUAGUUUUUCAAAGCCAGUGGGAAUGAUACACAGACUAUCUGUAUUCACCUUUAUUUCUUGUUAGCCUGUUCUGUCUGUGCUUUCACGUUCAUCAAAAAGCACCAGAGCUAAUGUGAUUGUGACUCUGCACUACGGAUUACUUUUUUUCUGCUUUUUUGAGACAUCCUGAUGAACGUGACUAAGGGAUUGUAUAUCUUGCAGUUUUCAAGCAUUGUUGAAGAUAACUGAAGAGACAGAUGAUCGGGUGUUCUGAUCCUAAAAUGAUUGACAGUGAAAGACUGAGUGUUUGUGCCUUUUUUUUUUCAAACCUGGUGGAUUCUGUUGAACUCUUUUUUUUAAAGAGCUUUGCCUUAAAAAAAAAAAACAGGUUUGGGAACGAGGCCUCUUCUCCCCAACUCCUAAAACAUUUCUACCCUGGCAAGACAUCCAAUGCCUGCAUGUUGUUGGCACAUACACUGGAGGACCUUGGCAUGUUUACCUAUAACUCUCUGUCUCUCCCUGUACCUCCAUCUUUCCUUUUCACACUCAUUUUUAAUUCUCUCACUUUAGAAGGUAGUGCCCUGACACAAGAGGUGGUUCGUUUUAAAAGGAAGUUAAAAGUUGGACAUUUUUUGCAAUUUUUAUGCAAAAAAAAGUCUUGCAACUUUGUGAAUCAAGUCUUUACAGCACACUUGAACAUUUGGUUAUAAAACACAUAUCUUUACCAUAACAGCAGGGUUUAGAUAAUGUGCUUUCAUCAGCAUACAAACUGCACUAGCAACAAAGGGUCAGCUCACACAUUUUAAAGCAUUGCUGCAGUUUGUUUUAGAGAGUCUGUGUGAACCCGGUCCAAACCUUCCUGCCAUUACAGAUCUACACAAAUAACUACAGGACACUAGACGAAAUAUUGUUUAAAAAGUCAUAUGGUAAACCAGCGCACCUCAAUAUUUCAAACAAAAGGUAACACAGCUGACAGGGUUCGGGCCAGGGGUUCGGGUUGCAAACAUUGCAUCCACAUGCCCCACCUUGACUAAAGGCCUGAUUAAAUAGUCAUCAGCUUUCCUUAGGUGCAGAGUACAGAAGCACACAUUUUACUAAAACUACAGGACUGAUAACUAGACUCCUAUUGUCACUAUAUGUUGUAAUUAAAUCAGUAAAAAGUUUCAGUCCGACCACUGAAUGUCUCUGUGGGAAUCAGUAUCUUGUUUUGCAGAGUAAUGAGGCAUAGACAGAAAUGAACCACAUAUGGGCCAAUUUGUUGAACCAGCCCCUCUCUUAAGGACAACUGUGUCUCCGUGGUAACGAUGACCAUACCACCUGGGAUUUUCCAGAGGGGUGUUCCAGGGCCGCACAGUCUCUCGCAGCUGUUUUAACAUCUUUAGCCUCUUGUUAAGCACAUCUGCUGCCCAAAUGUAAGGUGCUGCGGGGCAGGUGUGUGCACAUCUGUUCUCAAACAGUGGAGCACAAGCUGCCCUUUAUAAAUAUUCAAGAGUAUACACAUAUUUUUAUAGUUAUUGUUCAUUUUUAAUCAUCCUUUGCUCCUGACAAAGUCAUACUGCCGUUGGAAUAAACCCAUGUCUGGUUAUCCUUGGAAGUUUUAAUAGCACAUUCAGCUUUUGUACCGACAUGACGAGUCUGAUUCCUCUUCAAAUCAGUUAUAAAAGUAAUAUUUAAGAGGACUUGAGAAGUACAUUUAAAUAUGAGCACACAUGACAGAACAGUCACAAAAUGCUGAUUUUAAUCUCCUCUCUGAUACCAUCCUUCCAACUUGAGAUUGUCCCCUGGGCAACUACCUUCUCCCGCAUUGAUGUAUCAUACGUCAUGUCUUUUUCAGUAAACAGCGAGCAGAGUGUCAGGAUGUUUACUGUUGUUUACUGUAUAUAGGACAGUCUCCAGAGUAUUCCUGCCACACUUUUGUCAAUGACUACUCUUCUCUUGUUCAUUCCUUUUUCUCUCAUUCUGUCGCUGUGUCGGUGGACUCCGGUGACUUCUAUUUGUACAUUUGAAAUGUGUUGUUUUUCUCCACAUUGCCCUCUUCUGUUACUUUGUAAAGCUGACAUACUUCACCACAGGUGAGGGCUCAAAUUCAGUUUUUAGUGAACAAUACAUCCCUUUGUUUUCUGGGUUCAGGGUUAGUGUGGGAGGGUUGGGAUGCCAAUGUUUUUACUUUGUAUAUUGAUGGACAUUUGUGUAUUUACUGUAUGUUCAUAGUAGAUUUAUAUAUGAAAAGAAAUGAGUAUAUUAUAUAUAUAUCUAUACAUAAUGAGAUAUUAUGAUCUUGUUUUUGAAGUUGAUAUUGAUACUUUUCAUGGGUCUUACAUACAGUCUUCACUUGUUAGGGUGUCACUGAAGGCACCGUGCGCUGUUCUUGGUUCGAGUUAGUUACGUGUACAGUAGCAUUUCAAUGGCUGUCUUUUUCUCUUCAACACUGAUGGCUGGCUUUUGGAUUUUAUCCCCAUUAUCAUAACACUGUUACUGUAGGUGUGCCAUUGUUCUCCGCUCAGACUCAUUUAUUCAUGUGUGCAUUUAUACAUUCCAGACUUUUUAUUUUUGACAAGUUAUUAGAUUUUGUUGAGGGAAAACACGCAUUUAAGCAGACACAUUUAAAAUUGUAAGAAAUGUAAGGCUCAAAUACAACCAAAGUGGAGAUCCAUUGUUUUUCCUUUCAGGGUAUGGAAGUUCAUUCUCCUAAAGCAACAAAAAGGGGAGGGGUAGAUUUGAAUAGAAACAUUGCCCUAUAUUAAAUCACUCAUAUUGGCCCUGCUCAUGAUUUCACAGGAUCAUCACUUAUUUCCUUAUCUAGCCAAAUGUUCUUAGUUUUAAUGAAAAUCAACAUUCCUUCAAUAAAUCCAGCUCACAUUUGUAAUAUCCUUCAUCAACUAAGAGCUGCCUCUGGGCUUCAUGGUGGCCUGUUUUUAGUAAGACUGCCCUGUAUCCAGGAGGAGACAGGUAUCAACACUCAAUAUCAUUAAUACAUAUCUGGCAUGAGUGACAUAUUCUUUAUCAAUCAUACGUGAGAAGAAAAGAAAGAUUACAGUGUCAUGUGCUGAAAAUCUUAAUCAGACUUUUAAAGUCGUUGUUUUUUUCAUUUUGACUUAAAACUCCUGUGAGGAGCUUUUAGGUGGUUUUGAAAUAGACUAAAGUUGAUAAUGAGAUCUCUCAAUGACCUUUACAUGCAUUCUCAAUCAGCAACAACUUUGAUUAUUUCUAUAAAAUUGUUUUUUAAUGCCUGAAACUGCUGCCACAGGGUAGGUGUCAGACAAGACCAGUAACAGCUACCUGCUGAAACAGACAAUUUAUAUUACAUUUUCCACAGCAAAGACUCUCGAUAAUGGAUUUAUUUGACUGUUACAAGAAAGCAGGAGGAUAUCUUUUUGUUAAAAAAAAAAAACAUUACACAUGUACAUGAGAAAAUCAGCAAAAAUAAAAGGGGCCACUUUGUCCACAGGGGGCGCCAAGAUCAACACAAGCCCAAAGUUCCUAACUGGAGUUAUAUUGUAUCUGGCCUUCACUUGCAGAGUGACACUGCAGAUGCUCUUCUAAUGUCACAUGUCCCUGGAUCAUUCAUUACAUUAUUUUCCAUGGCUUUUACACAUGGUCAGAGUUCAAAUUCAUGCUUGGAUCACCUGCCACGUAGCAAAUUCACAGGAAGAAUGGAAGGUGUGGAUGUGAAUUUGGUGCUUUCAGUAAAAUGAUAUGCCAUAAAGUAAACUUUAGAGAGAUAAUGAAGGUCUAACCUUUGAUAAAAGGGCAAUGUUUAGCAUAAUCUAUUAUCGGUCUCUCUUUGGUUUAGCCAUGUGGUAGUUAGAUAUUUUUCUCAUUCCCAUUCCCAUUUCAUCACACACCUACAAAGUGGGCACGUUCUCCUGUAUGUUCUGUACUUUUCAAAAGAUCUGUUUCCAGGCAUACAGAGGUAUUUGCGGUUGGAAAUAUGAACAUGUAUACAGUCAGGCUAUCCUGACUCUUACCUUUACUUGGAUACGCUGAUAUUUUCUGUGCAUGUAAACACACUUGAUGAGAUGCUUUUCAGUAACCGAGCCCAGAACAUUCCCAGAACCCUUUGCAAAGCCGUGCCAGUCAUGGGGCUUCAACUUCGGACUGCUUUGGUUUCUCAAAAGCAGCCAACAAUAGCACUGUCUGACUCCUCUGGCUGUCUGUCUUCACUGUUAGUCUUAACACAAUGUCCAGCAACAAAAAAAUAUUCCAUUAAGUUAUAAUUUCCAUUUAUUAGCAGAGGGCAUAUCUCUUUGUUUGAGCUCUCAGAGUUCGUUCCAGCCAGGUCCGAGAACUGUCUGUUUAUGUAGGUGGCCUGGUCUGACUCCACUCCAUUCCUCUUUUUUCUCUGCAUGAUCUGUGUCCGCAUGUACUGCCUACCUGUCUGUCUGUCUGUCCCAUACCACAAACAGCACAAGGGAUCAAGCACUGAAGGACGUUAGUUAUUUUUACUGUAUCCAAACUGUCUUCUCUCUUUUUCUGCUUUUUUUUUUUGUCUCUGCUGGGGGCUUUCAUGUUGUUCUUCUACCUGUAGGCUAUGACAUCAUCAAACCUGGAGGUUGAAUUUUUACAGUGAUGUGAAAUACAUUUCUAGGGCUUGUAACACAGACAAUAUAUUUUAUGUAUUUAUGUAGAAAGGUUGUUUUAGGGGGACGCUUCGUAAACUGCGACAACAGAAUGGACAAACGUUUCUCUUCACACCAGGCAAGAUGUGACCUCGUGGACUGUUUGGAAAACUUUUUUUCUUCACUGUCACAUCUGGACUUAUCAAAGGGCUCCAUCUAGACGCCUGGUCGUUGCUACAGUUGUCCAUUCCACUUUUGAAAAAAAUAAGCCAGUUAAUGCUAUGACCACUGUGGUUCAAAUCAAACAGUUCUAGGUUUACAUAUAUGUAUAAAAUGCAUAUUCUUUUUUUUUUUUUAUUGGUUAUGUUUUUGACUUGUUCCACCAUUGUUACAGAAAUAGUUCAUUUUUCUGGGGAACCUUUGCUCUAACAUGUUGUCUUUGACAUCUACAAUAUAAAGUAUUGUUUUGGAAAAAC